AUGGCGGAAGAAGUCAGCGCACCCGUGUCUGCGGACGCCACCAAGACUUUGGAGGAGACGACGCGUUCUGAAGGCGCCAUUGCAGAGCCUGCCGUCGCAGAGGCGAGACCGGACGAGGGCGGAGUCGUAGCCACCUCAGGUGUCACGGAAGUCCCUCCCACCGACCCCACCACAGAAGAGCCCGCUGCCAAACACGAUGACUCUGCCGACGGGCAGGCAGACACGCCAGCCCCAGAUGACAAGACUGACGCACCUGCCACCGAAGAUGCACCCACGAGCAACGGUACUCCCCCACCCAAAAAGGCUACAAACGGCAAACGCAAGUCUGGAGCGGGUGUACCCGAACAUAAGAAGAAAACACCAGCCAAAGGCAAAAAAAAUGCACCUAAAUUGCGGCUCGAUGUCUCAGCAGGGGACAUGUUCAUGGUCGCCAUGCGUGGAUAUCAGCCAUGGCCUGUAAUUGUGUGCGACGAGGAGAUGCUCCCCGAGUCCUUGCUCAGCAAGCGUCCUGUCAGCGCUAAGCGCAUUGAUGGCACGUAUCGUGAGGACUUCCUUGAGGGCGGCAAAAAUGCGAAGGAUCGGCGAUACCCGGUCAUGUUCUUGGGCACCAAUGAAUUCGCUUGGCAAGUGAACACCGAACUCCUGGACUUUGACAUUGAGGAGGUGAAGAAGGACGUCGAGUCCGGCAAGCAAGGCAAGAAGAACAAGGCUCUGUGGGAGGCUUAUCAAGUCGCUGCAGAAGGCCAUGAUCUCAACCACUUCAAGCAGUUGCUGGACGCGCACGAGUCAGCAUUGCAGGAAGAGACUGCAAAGCUUGAAGAGAAGGAGCAGUUGAAGAAAGAGAAGGCUGAAAAAGCCACGAAGCGCAAGAGCACGGCCGCGGCUGGCUCGGAGGAUGUAGAGAUGGAGGAUGCUGGUGACGGUGCCACCCCGUCCACGAAGAAGAAGUCUACCAAGAAGCGUAAGAAGACUGACGAGAGCGACGGGGAAAACGAGAAUGACAAGCCUGCAAAGACCCCUAAGACAAAGCUGAAGCUCACCACCAAGACUCCUAAGGAGGCUUCGGCAGCCAAACCAAAGAAGGAGCCCAAGUCUAAAAAGAAGGCAAGCGAAGAAGCUGAGCCGGCUGUUCCUGAAGAGCCUCCAAUGACUGAAGAGGAGCGUCUGCAGAAGCGCGAGAAGCAAGUUCUCUAUCUCCGCCAUCGCCUCCAAAAAGGCUUUCUCGCACGAGACCAGGCACCCAAGGACGAAGACAUGUUGAACAUGUCCGACUACUUGAAGCAACUUGAAGCCCAUGAGGACCUCGAGGCCGAAGUGAUCAAGAAAACCAAAGUUCACAAGGUGCUCAAGGCUAUUAUGAAGCUAGAGACAAUUCCGUUGGAAGAAGAGUAUAACUUUAAGACGCGCUCGAACGAUCUCCUUGGAAAGUGGAGCAAUGCGUUGGCCUCGGAGAACGAACCCACCAGUGGUGUAGGUGGGCCAUCGGCCGAGCCAGCCACAAAUGGUGCGAAUGAAGGAGAUGAGAAGAAGACGGACUCAGUCAAGGACGAACAGAUGGCUGAGAAGACCGACGACGAGGAAAAGAAGGAUGAUAGCCCGGCAGCUGAUGCUACCGCCACGAAAGCUGCCGACGCAGAUGGCGACAUUGCAAUGUCUGAGGCAGACAAAGAGAUUAUCAAGGACGCACCAGCAGUAAAAGCUGGGGCUGAAGCAACAAACCCAGCUGCGGCAGAGAAUGCCACCGAUGAUACCGAGAUGUCCACUGCGUAG